UCGCCAAUGGAUCUGGACUAUAUGCGCAAGGUCCGCUACCGCCUGAGGCUGCUGAACUCGUGGCCCAACAAGGAGCUGAACCAGCCACAUCGCACACUACCUUUCCGUCAUAAUAAAUUCCUCUUCUCGUUUUGGCUCUUCACCUUGAUCUCGCAGGUUUGCAAUCUAAUUCUUUUUCCUUGUUGUACUUGUUAUUCAGGAGACAAUUGUGUCUCGGACGCAGAUACGGGUGCGUCUCUUCGGAUUCUACGAAUGCUGUUUGUUGUGUUGCAGAUCCAGUACAUUCGUAACAAUACGGGUAAACUGUCCUUCUUCGAGCUCGGACACAGCUAUAUCACGGCUUUAAUUACCGUCAUCAAUGUGCAACGUGUUACGCUGAUGUGGAAAAAGGAAUAUCGAGAACUUGGGAGAUUAUUUGUGCAAGAAAUGCACCUGUUGUACCACAAAAAUAUGUCUGAAUACGCUAUGAAGACGUACAAUCAAGUUCACAAUAUCUGCAAGUUGUUUACCAACUACCUACUUCUGCAAAUGAGUGUCGGCGUGUUUUUAUUUAACACCACUCCGAUGCUGCACAACUUGACGACAGGCAUGUACAGCAGGAACCUGCCGGUCAACGGCACUUUCGUCCAUUCUUGUUACUACGCACUCCCCUUUGAUUAUACCACGAAUUUCAUUGGGUACCUCGUGGUUUUCUUCAUGAACUGGGUUCUUACUUACGACGCUGGCUGUUGCUUUUGCGUAUUCGACUUAUACAUCUCCCUAAUUGUGUUCCACGCGUGGGGCCACCUGAAAAUUCUGGACUACCAUCUGCGACAUUUCCCUCUGCCGGCGAUGGCAGGCAAAGUCAACGAAAUUACGAACCCAGUAAUGUAUAGCGAGGAGGAAUCUAAAGAAGUAACGGCUUUGCUCAAGAAGCAUAUAAAUCAUCACCAUAUUAUCAUGAAAUUGGUGCAGAGUAGCUCAGACGCAUUUGGCAGCGUUCUUUGCGCAUAUUUUACAUUCCAUCAAGUGUGUUGCUGCAUUUUGCUACUGGAGUGCUCUGCAAUGGACAAAACGUCUUUAAUGGAGUACGGCGUGUUGACGAUGAUUGUAUUCCAACAACUUAUGCAGGUUUCCAUUGUGUUUGAAUUGCUUGGGUCUAAGAGCGAGGUGUUGAUGGAUGCGGCAUACGGUCUACCGUGGGAAUACAUGAAUGUGUCGAACCGCAAGAUGGUGCUCUUCUUUCUGUACAACGUGCAGACGCCCAUCGCCGUGAAGGCCGCCGGACUCGUGCCGGUGGGCGUGCAGACUAUGGCUGGGAUAUUAAAAACAUCGGUGUCGUAUUUCGUGAUGUUGCGCGCAAAAUCCGAUUAA